CCGAACGAUCACUGUGAGAAUCUGACGCUUUUCCAGCAACAAUUUCAUUAUACACAUCGAACCGAGUUUCGUCUACACAUCCACUGGCAGGAUUCACCAUGUCUGACGAAAUUGUCUGGCAGAUCAUUAACCAACAGUUCUGUGCUUUCAAGCUCAAGACAACAAAAGGAAAUAAUUUUUGCAGAAAUGAAUAUUCAGUCAGCGGUCUGUGCAACAGGCAAAGUUGCCCUCUCGCCAACAGUCGGUAUGCCACCGUGAGGACGUCGCCGAAAGGGACAAUCUAUCUUUACAUCAAGACUAUCGAACGAUCGCACAUGCCGUCGAAAUGGUGGGAGAAAAUCAAGCUCUCCAAGAACUAUCAACAAGCCCUCCAACAAAUCGAGGAACGGCUCCAGUACUUCCCGAAAUUUCUCCUCCACAAAUGCAAGCAACGCCUCACACGGCUGGUCCAAGUGGCGACCCGCAUGCGCAGGAUAGCGGCGGAGGAGGCUAGGCUAGGCGAAACGCUCGUACCGAAGAUGGCGCCCAAGAUCAAGCACCGCGAGGAGGCCAGAGAACGCAAGGCGUUGGCGGCGGCAAAACUGGAGCGGACGAUCGAGAGAGAACUGCUCGAGAGAUUGCGGCAAGGCGCCUACGGUGACAUGCCGCUCAACUGCAACGCCAACAUCUGGAAGAAGGUUCUGAAUGCUCUCGAGGCGGAAGGCGAGGGUGUGCGGGACAAGGACAUGGACAAGGGCAUCGAGGACGAGGAAGCGGAGUCUGGGGCGGAGUCUGAAAAAGAAAUGGAAGAGGAGGAUGAGGAGGAGGCCGGCGCGGUCGAGUAUGUUUCGGACUUUGACGAGAGCGACGAAGAGCUGGCCGACAUCGAGGAUUGGUUGGGCAGCGAGGAGGACGACGAUGAAGAGGAUGAGGACGAUGAGGAUAGCGAGGAGGAUGUCAAGAAGAAGACAAAGGCGGGCGACAAGCGGAAGAGAGGCCGGGCAGUCAAGCCCACGGCGCGGAAACGGAAGGAGUUGGAGCUGGAGCACGAAACAGCGGACAGGGAAAAGCUGCUUGCAUUCUAGUUCGUCUGGGGUUUCGGCGCAUAGGUUUGCCUGUCAUCGAAAUCGACGGGAGCAUGGGGCUGUAAUAUUGUACGGUGUAAGGGCUCAGUUUGACAUGUCAUCUUCAUUGGCAUCCGUCGGUUGUUCAUGGGCAUUAUGCGGACCUCGUCAGCCUGGAGAGACAUCACUCGCCCAGUACAUCAGCAUCAAACCGGUAAAUAGGUGAUUGCCUGAGCUCAGACAUGGCUGACCGUCAGGGCCCCAAGACGGGGUUGGCCGGACUUAUCGUCAUAACUGAUUUUCCAACCGCACUACGGUUUCGAGAGAGACAGCCGAGCAAUACCAACCAUGGCUCCCUCAAGAAUCCAGGUCUAGCGAAGCACUGCCUUCC